AUGUCAUCCCCAACCAUCUACCUCAUCACCGGGGCCAGCAGAGGGAUUGGCCUCGCCCUCACCCAAACUCUCCUGCUCCUCCCAAACACCACUGUGAUCGCUACCAUGCGCAACCCCACCACGAACUCUCUCUAUACUAACCCCCCACCAACAUCCCCCACCUCAACCCUCAUCCUCCUUCCCCUCGACAUCCAAUCCACCACCUCAAUUACUACAGCCAUCGAAACCCUCAAAUCGAAACACAACAUCACGCACAUCGACACCGUGAUUUCCAACGCAGGGUACUACAACGACGCCACCCACCGCGUCGACAACAUCCCUCUCUCUACUGUGCAAUCGCACUUGGACGUGAACACGCUUGGCACAAUCCGCCUCUUCCAGGGUGUGUAUGACAUGCUGAAGAAGAGCACGAAGCCGAUGUUUGUCAGUGUUAGUAGCUUCCUGGGGAGUAUCGGCGGUCUCGAGGAGGAAUUCUUUCCCGGGGCUGCAUACGGGGUUAGUAAGGCUGCCAGUAACUGGGUGACGAGGAAAAUGCAUGUUGAGAAUGAGGAGAUGGUUUGUUUCAUGGUUCAUCCGGGGUUCGUCAAGACUGAGAUGGGGAAUGCGUGUGCGAAGAGUAUUGGGUUGGAAGAGGCGUUUGCGGAGCCGAAGGAGUGUGCGGAGGCUUUGGUGAAGUUGAUUGCAAGCGCCACGAGGGAAACAGUCGGAGGUCGGUUCAUCAGUUGGAGAGGGGAAGAGGUUCCUUUCUAA